GGAUCGACCGCGAUCGACUGACGUGGUGGAUUGCGAGUGGACGCGCGGAGGCCACAUCGGCGACUAGUUACGCGUCGAUGGCUCGCGGACGUUGAAGUUCACCGGUGACGACGUGAUUGACGCGAUCGAACCUCUUCUCCGCGGGCUCGUUUCGCUCGGGGUCGGCGAAUAGGUCUCUCCCAGGAUGGUCCUGUUCACGAUAAUCGCGAGGGUGGCGGACGGCCUGCCGCUGGCGGCCACCAUGCAGGACAACGAGCAGGACGGCAAGAACAUCGUGGAGUAUCAGAACCAGGCGAAGAUGCUGUUCAGGAAGCUGGGUCCGCAGUCCCCGACGAGGUGUACCCUCGAAACUGGACCGUAUCUUUUCCACUACUUAAUCGAAAACGAAGUGUGCUACCUGGUACUGUGCGAGAGGAAUUACAGUACGCGCGUGGCGUACAGCUACCUGGAGGACAUAGCGCAGGAGUUCCAUGCUCAGUACGGUAAACGUGUAAAUACAGUAACCAGGCCUUAUACCUUCAUCGAAUUCGACACGUACAUUCAGAAAGCCAAAAAGAUCUUCACGGAUAGCAGGUCCCGCAGGAAUCUAAAUACGCUCAACACCCAGUUGCAGGACGUGCAGAGAAUCAUGGUACAAAAUAUUGACGAUGUCUUGCAGAGGGGCACCGUACUCUCAGAGUUGGAUACGAAGACGCAAAACCUGUCGAUGCUGUCGCAGAAGUAUAAAAAAGACGCGAGACAUCUAAACAGUAAAUCGAUGUACAUGAAAGCUAUCGGCGGCCUCAUUGCAUUUUUGUUCUUAGCGUGGUAUUUCUUCCUUUAGUUAAGCAACACGGGCGGAAAAACUGGUAAUACGCGUCAGCGCGGCACUCCAUUUCCAAGGGUAGGGUAUUUUUGUUUAUCUCGCCGGUAUUUACGGUGUAUUUACAAUUCCAACAUCCAUUUGCAGAGAAGGGGAAAUUAACAUUUUGCACACGAAUAAAAGUCGCGAGAGUGUAAUUAUAUUGGUCUAUGUAAAAAUUAUGUUUAUAAAAGAAUAGAACAUAUAAUUAUAUGAAGCAAAAUAUUUGGUGUUUUAGCGCUGUGCAAUGACAAAAACCAAUCCUUUUUUUUCGAAAAGUAAAAUUUACGUAAAAGAUUUGGUAAUUUCUACGGAAGAAUAACGACACAAUGUGCGACCAUUUUAAAAAUAUAUUUUAGCAGAUUGUACAAUCUACUUAUUUCGGAAGUUGAUCUGCAGUAAGAAGUUAAUUGCCUCCAAGUUGUCAACUGCAAUAGAGAAAGUUCGCAAAGAUAAGUGGAGACGUUACGGAUUUUUAUUACUGUUAAAAAAAAAGAUCGUAUUUAUCAUUCCUAUAUCUCUGUUAAACCAUACUGCUUGUGCGAUCCUCUGUGAAAUCCCGAGUUAGUGUAAACGCUGUAAACUUAAGGAAAACGUAUUUAUUUAUCUUUGAGUGCGGUUGUAUUUUUGGGUGGUGUGCAGGUAUACAAUGUAUCAGCAGAAAAGGAACCAAUUAGGAAAAAGAUAUGUAUUAUAGAUGGCCACACACGUCAUUAAUGUUACUACAUUUGUAUGUAUUUCAUCUGUAUUAAAACUAUAAUGGUGAUGUAUUUACAAUAACAAAAUAUCCACGUA